GUCUGCACAGGAUAUUCGUGGUAAACGUUCACAAGAAGAAAAAGUCUCUCUCUUUGCUUUUUGAAAAUAUCAAAAUUAUUAAAAUAAAAUUAUAAAUAAAAAAUAAAAUAAAUUAAUUUGUGUGCAAAAGUGAUGCAAUAUCUUUGAUAACACUAAAUAAAAAAAUACAACAAAGUGAAAAAAAUAAAAAAAGGAAAAAUUGCAAAAAUAAAAUCAAAUUGUUUUGAAAAGAAAACAACAGAUAAGCCGAUUUUUUGAGAAAGCCAAUUUCUCGGUUUUUUUUUGGAAGAAUCCAGCAGCUGUGCAACUGUCACAUCUAUUCGAAACGUGACUUGGCAAAAUAUCAACAAACCGUCCCCUCCAUUCCAAAGUUGGCCAGUUGGCGUACAAGCACGAAAUAUUCGUUUAAACUUCUAAAAAGAAUUGGAACUUGUAACGCAAUAUUUGCCUAAAUUAACUUACAAAUAGAUUCGCAGCAAGUUAUCCCUCCACCAGCGAAACAACCCAGCAACCAGAAACAUAAAAUGGAAGCCACAAAUGGUGCUGGUAAUGCAGCUUCAGUGGCUGCUGCUGCCGCUGCCAAACGUGUCCAAAUCGAAAAGGCCCAAAACUUUAUGCGCCAAUAUCGUGAUCCAGAAUCACGCGAAUUGAAAAAGCUCUCGGCAAAUCAAUUCAUGGAUGUAUGGUCCCAUUAUGACAAUGAUGGCAAUGGCUAUAUUGAGGGCACAGAAUUGGAUGGUUUUCUGCGUGAGUUUGUUUCCAGUGCCAAUGCCACAGACAUUAGUCCGGAGGCUGUUACCGACACAAUGCUGGGUGAAUUGAAAUCAUGUUUCAUGGAGGCCUACGACGACAAUCAAGAUGGCAAAAUUGAUAUCAGAGAGUUGGCUCAAUUGCUUCCAAUGGAGGAGAAUUUCCUUUUGCUGUUCCGUUUCGACAAUCCCUUGGAAUCCAGUGUGGAAUUUAUGAAGAUUUGGCGUGAAUAUGACACCGACAAUUCCGGUUACAUUGAGGCAGAUGAACUGAAAAAUUUCCUCAGGGAUUUGCUCAAAGAGGCCAAGAAAAUCAAUGAUGUGUCCGAGGACAAGCUGAUUGAAUACACAGAUACAAUGCUCCAAGUUUUCGAUGCCAACAAAGAUGGACGUUUGCAGUUAUCCGAAAUGGCCAAACUACUUCCAGUUAAAGAGAACUUCCUUUGCCGUCAAGUCUUCAAGGGUGCAGCCAGGUUGACAAAGGAGGAUAUUGAAAAAGUUUUCUCACUUUAUGACAGAGAUGGCAGCGGUUCGAUUGAAAAUGAAGAACUCAAAGGAUUUCUUAAGGAUUUAUUGGAAUUGGUGAAAAAGGAUGAUUAUGAUGCCCAGGAUCUGAAGGCCUUCGAAGAGACCAUUUUACGUGGUGUGGGCUAUGACAAGGAUGGCAAAAUCUCACGCAAAGAAUUAACCAUGAUUUUGCUGACCUUGGCCAAGAUGCCACCAGAGGAUGAACAGUAAAGCCCUUUAGAAAACAAAAAACAAAAACACAACAUCCUUUUUUAAUCAGGAUAAGGAAAUUCAUGAUUACUGAAGCAUGAUUGGAAUACAAAACUUUUUUCUUUGGAUUUGUUCGCUUUUACUUUGGUGGCGAUUAAAGUCAUUUUUGGCAAGAAUUUGAAAAAAUACCAAAAAACAAAAACAACAAUAUACUCAAAUACUUUAAUAAAAACAAAAUUUAGAUAAAGCAAUUGAAAUACAAUAACAACAAAAAUGAGAGAAAGCUACCUUAAAAAUUACAAAAACAAAAUAACAAAGAAAACAAUUUAGUAGAAAAUUUCAAAAUUUUGCCGCAACCAAAAGAAAUAUGAAACUUAACAAUAAUUGAAAUGCAACCAAACAAAAAUCACAAAAUAAAUUGUUGAAAUAUAAAAUAAAAAUUUUAUAAAUGUUAUGAUGCAACAACACAAUACCAACCAAAUUUUAAACAACAAAAUAACAACAAACACUAAACCGAGAUGAUACCAAUUUAUUAAAUUACUACAACAAAAUAAAAAGAGAAACAAAUAUUUAUAUUUAUAUUUGAUGUUAAGUAUUUAAGCAAAAAAUAAAUGUAAUAAUUUUUAAGUUUAAAGAAAAAUAUAUAUUUAAAUUUUGUUAUAAUAUAUAUAAAAUAAAACUCCCACUUAAAUCCUUUAUUAAACCUUAAAUUUAAAUUAACUAUGCGGUGCUAUCCCCUUACCCUAAUUAACUUUUUCUCCUUUUUUCCCAUCAUUAAUUUUUCAAAACCCAAGCAAAUGCUAAAUUUAACUCAAACUAAAAAACUUAAAGAAAACACAAAUUGUUGUUAUAAAAAAAAUAUAUCUACAACUCUAACUCUCUCUAUCUUUAUAUCAUAUCAAAGCUUUCCAAAUAAAGAAAAAUUAAUAAAAAUGAAAUGCAAAAAUGCCCCCAAUACAAACAAACUAAAUUAUAUGCGUAAUUACAAAAGCAACAACAACAACUACACCAAAUUCCAAUGAACUCUCUCUUAAUAAAUUAACAAAAAACAGAA